GUGGUGUUGUUUUAGUCAAGAAAGUCCUUAAUUAAACUGUAUUUUAGUGUGUUUCUGUCAUUUUAAUCAAAAGAUAUAACGAUGGUAUUUAAUACAAGUCCCAAAUAUGAUGAAAGAACAGCUCCAAAGUCGGAUAUUAAGUCGAUCGAGUUCAGAAAUUUGGGAAACCAAGAGUACAGCAGUAAAUACUUCGAUACCUUCAAAACUUUAAGGUAUUACAACAUGUCAAUCGCUUACGCAGAAUCAAAGGAACAAGCAGCACUUGGAUAUGCAAACAGAAGUGCUGCAUAUUUUGAGAAUCAAAAUUAUGAGGAAUGUCUGCAAAACAUCCAGUUAGCACGUAAUAAUAACUAUCAAGCAGACAAAAUGUCAAAACUUGAUGAACGUGAAGCAAAAUGUAGGAAAUUAUUAGCAGACCAAGUAGUAGAUCCAAAGAAGAAUCUAUGGAAAGUCUUUGAAUUGUCAUAUCCAGCAAACAAACGCAUUCCAUUCAUAGCUGAUUGUGUUGAAUUAAAGCAGAAAUCAGUUGGUCGUGGACUUUUUGCCACAAGAGAUUUAAAGCCGGGAGAUGUGAUUAGCAAUGAAGAAUCAGUUGUUUACUUUCUUAGAGCUGAGUCUUACUAUGAAAGAUGCUUCAACUGCUAUAAAGCGAAUGCAUUGAACCUUAUUCCGUGUGAUAAUUCAGCAUCAAUCAUGUUUUGUUCAGAAAAAUGCAAGAAAGAUGUAUACAGGAAGACAAUAGAUAUGGAUUUGAUUAUGUGCGAUGACAUUAAGCUUUUAUCAGAACUUGUUGCUGUAUUUGGAAAUGUUGAGAAGUUUACAAAACAUGCUGUAAAUAUUGGAGGCUUAAAGACAAUAUUCGAUUAUGAUUUGAGCAAUGCAGAAGAUCUGGACUAUAAGAAGAAUCUUAUGACGUGCUUGCUCUCAUCUGCUAUGAAGUUUGAUAAAUCACCGCAUCAUUACUGUAGUAUACCCAGCAACAUCAAACAUUAUGUGCCAUUGAAACUUGCUGAUCAUCUUAUUGAUAUUUUUAAUACAAACAGUCGAAUAGAACCAUUUUUGGCUAAUAUUCAUCAAGCACAGAGAGAUAUUAGAUAUACGAGAAUUAGUCCAUACGAUCCAAGUAUCCCACUUUUUGCUGCCCUUAUUAAUCGUGGUCGAUCUGGAAAUGUCUUUUCGGUUCUUCCCGGAAAUAAAGUCGUCGUUAUUGUAAUGAAACCUAUAAAGGAAGGAAGGGAAAUUUUAUUCAGCGACAACGAUCACUUUGAAAUGCAUGGAUAUGGUCCAACAUUUGAUUACGAGAACUUAGGCAUUAUGGACUUUGAAUGGAAUUCAUUGGAUGACUUUUCUGAAGCUAGAAAAUAUUUAGGAAAGGAAUGGAAGUAUUUAAAAUCAGGAUGCAAAGGGCCUUCAAUUGAUUGUUAUCCAACGGAAGCUAUUAAUGUUAUGAGAGAGAUUGCUACAUGUUGUACCUUUGAUAGAACUGAGAAUUUGUGCUGUUAAGAUAAUUUUUUAUAUCAAGGAAUUCUGUGGAAUAUAAAAUAUUAAUUAAUUACUCGUGGAAUUCAAGACUUUUUCAUUAUAGGAUCAAA